AUGGAACUACAUCAAUCUACAACCAUUAUAUUACUGUUAAUUGCCUAUGUUAGUACAUUGAUAAAUUGUACAGCAGACACAACUUCACCAAAUGGAAAACUCGAACGAAAAAGAGUCGAAGAACUAGAAGAAUCACACGAAGAUCUUAAAGAAAAAGAUACAGAAAGAUGCAAUACGGAAGAAGAAAUUGAGGAACAUGCUGAAAUAACAAAAAAACCAUCGUCAGAUCGUAAAGGUAAAAAAAGAGGUGGCAAAGACAAGAAGAGUUCAAAGAAAAAAUCAUUAAAAUCCACAAUUCUAUCAACCAUAAACGAUACUGUAUCAGCUCUUAACAAUACAAAAGAGGACUUAUGA